UGCGGAAUCAUGUUACUGUUUACAAACCACACCCGUAGUUGACUGAUUUGAAUGUAAACAUUUGCGAAUCAAUGUCGUCAAUUCUUAAAAAAGUUAUAAUUUUUGGUGCAUCCGGUAACACUGGAUUAGCAACUGUGGAGGCAGCUCUUAAAUCUGGUUAUGAAGUUACUGCAUUUGUCAGAGAUAAGUCAAAACUUGGAACUGUUGUUCCUAAUCAUGUAGUGGAAGGUGAUGUUUUAGAUAAAGAAGGUGUAGAAACAGGAAUUAAAGGGCAUGAUGCUGUUAUUGUUGUCCUGGGCACAAGAAAUGAUUUGAGUCCGACUACUGUAAUGUCUGAUGGAACGAAAAAUAUAUUGGAAGCAAUGAAAAAACAUGAUGUUAAGAGAGUGUCAUGUUGCAUAUCAUCAUUUCUCUUUUGGCCUCGAGAAAAAGUGCCGAAGCCAUACAUCCCAGUGACUGAAGAUCAUGAACGAAUGCUGGAAGCAUUAAAAGCUAGUGAUAGAGAAUGGGUUGCUGUACUUCCUCCACAUAUUGCUGAGGAGCCUGCAAAAGGAAAUUAUGAGAUAAAAAAUGAAGCUCCAGUUGGAAGAGUAAUUUCUAAGUAUGAUUUAGCUGAAAUAUUAGUUAAAUGUUUAACUGCUGAAGAACAUAUUGGUCACUAUGUUGGGAUUGGCUACCCACAAUAAAUUCUAAAAUCAUUCAUAUUGUACCAAAAUACUAUAUAAAAAAUAAAUAUGCUAUUUUUGAUAUGUA